ACAAUUCGGCCCUACUGUUGUUCAUGGUAGUUUCCGUAGAAGACGGGAGUGAUUUGCUUAGAGUUAGAAGUUAAAAAACAAAAAAGAAGCGAUCUCUGACCCCGAAAUUCCAGAAAAAUGGAGGAAAAGGGAAGAGAUGUAGAGAUGGAUUCGCUGUUCGAGGGAAUGGUCCUCUUUGACCCUUCCCAAUUGGCUGCAGACCAACAACACAAAGAAGAAGAAGAAGAAGAAGAAGAAGACCAUCACGACAAUCAAGGUCCUCCGAUACCAAUUGAUGCUCCAAGUACAGCAUCGACGUCAUCUUCAUCAUAUUCAUAUUCGUCAUCUCAGCCCCUUGACGAGAACCUCUUCUCUGACCUCACUAUCGUUACUCCACUCGAAACCCAAUCCCAAUCCCAAUCCCGAUCCCAUCCAUCCCCGACUUCCUCUUCUUCUACUGCUAUCGAUGCUUCAAUUCCAACAACAGAUUCGACGACACAAGUAAUCCCCCUUCUCUCCCGACAGAUUUCCAGAAAGAAAAAGCGAGCUGGCUUGAGAAUCGGAUAUGCUAGGGAUGCCCCUCCGCUUCCACUUUACGACGCUGUUGAUGAUCAUAUUCAUACUGCUAAUGGAUCCCAUGCCCAUGAUGCUUUGGUUGCUGAGGAUGAAAAAACAUCAAAACACGAUGAUCAUAUUCAGCAACGACGACAACAACAACAAGAGCAAGAAGAAGAAGAGGAAGAAGUUGCUGCCGUUGAUGACCAAAAGCCUAGCCCUUCCUCAGAGUUAAGUUUCGAGUAUGUUAAUGCCCAAAUCUCGGAGAAGCUCAACCGUGCUCGAGAGUUGGUGGCCUCUGUAUCUACAGCCAGAAAGGAUUCCAUUAGGAGUAGAAGAAAAGCCUCUGAGAAAGUAAAUCUUGCAUCCGUCAAGCACCGGGAACUGGAGAAGGAGUUAGAAGAAGCCUGUGAGGCCGAAGAUUUUGAGAGGGCAGAGCGGGUUAGCGAGAGCCUUGCCGCUGCCGAGAGAGAGAAACAAGCUUUUCUCAUUGCCUUGAGAGAUGCAGAAGCCGACUCUGAUGCUAUUGAUUCCGAGAUGCACGAGGCUCUGCAAGCCCAGAUUGCUGCUGAGGAACAAUGCGUCUCACUGCUCGACCAUUUCGCAAAGGAUGCUGCAAAUAAUGCUGAUUUAGUCUUGAAGACAGCACAAGUAUCAUCUUCCAAAGGGAUGGACAAAUGGCUUUCAUCAACUGAAGCCUUAGAGGUCAGGAAGAUGGAGUUAGAAAUUGAAUCACAUAUAAUAAAUGAAGCUAGACAAGUAUUGAAUGGUUCAAUUGAGGAUUCAAUUGAAGAUGACAGAAGGAAGAAAGAACUUCUUUGUAGGAAAAAGGAUGUAUUAACUGAUGAACUGGAAAAACUACUUGAACUGGUGAAACAAAAGGAAAAAGAGAUUGCUGAAAAUGAUUCUAACAUCCAAGCAGUUGAGAAAAGGAUUGCUGAUGUGGUCUCUGGUUUUCAGGAGAUGCAAUCAAACGUUGAUGCAAAGUAUGAUAACUUGCAAUCAUGUCUUUCUCAGACGGACUUGGAAAGUGAAGCUCUAUUAGUGAAAAAGAAGGAAAUUGACGAGUUCUUUACUCAGGAAGAAGAAAAGGGUGCACGGCUGAGAGAACUUGCCAGGGUUUCUGCAGAGGAAGCAAAAGCAUACCAGGAAGCUGUUGGGCUGAGAAAAAGCCUGAUGACCUCCAUUUUGAGGUCCAGCGAAAACAAACUGACGCUUGUAAAGACUGAGGAGAAGCUUUCUGAGGAUGUCCAAAUGCUCCAACAGGAAGUUUCUGCUGCAAGAGCUUCCCUACAGGAACUAUCUUCAAGAAAGUCAAACAUCCAGCAAGAUAUAACAUCCUUCAAGCAGCGGAUUCUUUUCAUAGACAAAAGAGUCCCAGAACUGGAAGCAGAAAAGAAAGUUGCUGCUGCUGCAAGAAAUUUUAAGGAAGCUGCACGAAUAGCUGCCGAGGCAAAGUCAUCUAGUGUUGAAAAGGAAGGGAUACAGACUGAGAUGGAAAGAGACAUCUCGGAGCUUGAGAAGCUGGAGGAAGAGAUUCAAGACACUGUUAACAGGUUGCAGGAGACUGAGAGCCUGAUUUUAUCCAAGGAAAAGGAGGUAGCAAUGGCUAGAUUCCAGAGGUUGCUUCUGAUAGCUGGUGCUGCUGCAGCAGAAAGAGUUGCUGCUCUAGAGUUGGGUGACCUUGAAGAAGCUGACCUUCUACUUGCUGAGGCUGAAGCAGCAGAUUCUGAAGCUAAAAAACUUCAACCAGUAUACAAUUUCAAGGUGGAAGAGUUUGGAAAUCUACCAAAGCACUUCAUCUCCAUGGAACUUGUAUCUAAUCUUGGAAGGAAGCAGUUAGCAGAACUGGCAACAGAUGUUUCUCCUUCACUACCAUGACGAUUGGAAUUUCUCCUUCACUACCAUCCAACACAGUUGGAUGUUUUGUUGAUAAUCAAUUGAAGAGUUACGAUAGGGAUUGUCAUCUUUUUUUGUGUCAUAUAUGAUUUAUCCAACCCUCGGAUGCCUUGAAACGUGACAUCUUGUGGAUCACUACAAUUUUGAUGAUUACAGGUUUGGGAUCUAGAUCCUCUAUCUAUUGUCAUCUUUUGCUUCUUCUUUUUUUCUUGAUCUUUUUCUGGGCUAUUGUCCUCUUUAUUUUUGAAUGAUCUUCUUGCUCUCUUUAUUUGUUGUUGAGUUCUUUCUGCAAUGUUAUUUGUUCUUCAUACAAA